CCCCUCCACAAUAAACACAACCAAAUUAAAUCUUUGUGUUCGCGAAUGGGAAGAAAUUCGCCAUAUUUUGCACUAAUUUUUGCAGACUUUUUGCGCACAUUUCUCGCCUGGCUUUUGCUGUGGAGUUGGUGGACAUGGACACGAAGCUCGCAAAAGGCCAUGGCUGCGGGUCUUGAAUUAAUAUAGUAAAAAACAACAAUAUCCCUAGUAUGCAUAAUUAAGGACACAAAUCAGCACUGGUCCCUACACCUUUGGACGCUAUAAUUUUCUCUUAAAUUUGCUGAUUUUCGACAACGAAGACCUGAGAGAUUUUUCGCGGCGACUACUGCUGUCAUCAUGGCUCAAGAGUGUCCAACAUUCCAUUAAGCAGGGGUGAACCUGAGUGUGGUUUCGCUGGGUGUGAGGGCCUGAGCCGCAAACAAAAAUGUCGAUGUCGUCAAGUUUUAUAAACCGAGGGUCGUCAAGACGAUCGGAGGACACUAUGGACGAUGAUUUGGAUGACAAGGACGAUACCAAAAGAAAAUCUCGUAAUUUGAGUGAGAAGAAAAGACGAGACCAAUUCAACAUGCUUAUCAAUGAGCUCAGCUCAAUGGUUUCAUCUACGAGUAGGAAAAUGGACAAGUCGACAGUCCUCAAGUCAACCAUAUCAUUCAUUAGGAAUCACAAUGAAAUUACCGUUCGUUCGAGAGCUCAUGAGAUACAAGAAGAGUGGAAACCAACGUUUCUGUCUAAUGAAGAAUUCACCCAUUUAAUUUUGGAGGCUCUCGAUGGAUUCAUCAUGGUGUUCUCAUGCUCAGGAAGAAUUUUCUAUGCCUCAGAAAGCAUCACUUCACUUCUCGGGCACCUGCCGAAUGAUCUUCUUAACACAACCAUUUACGACAUGGCUUAUGAGAAUGACCAGUCGGAUUUGUACAACAUACUGCUAAAUCCUACAAACACUGUGGAAUCAUCAUCACAAUACUCUCUCGGAAGAGAAAACCAAACCACAUUUUUCUGUCACAUGAAAAGAGGAGGAUUAGACUUCAACGAAGAACUUACUUAUGAACUCGUCCAGUUUGUAGGAUACUUCCGUUCUAUUGUGGACUCGGCAGACAUUGAUGCCAUGAUUUCGAGCAGCAACAGUUUUCCCGACGAAAACAAUAGUAUUGUCUUUGUUGGUACUGGCCGCUUGCAAACACCCCAACUUAUCCGAGAAAUGUCCAUAGUCGACUCGAGUAAAAGUGAGUUCACCUCGAGACACAGCUUGGAGUGGAAAUUUUUGUUUUUGGAUCACAGAGCUCCUCCGAUUAUUGGAUACCUUCCUUUUGAGGUGCUGGGAACCUCUGGCUACGAUUACUACCACAUAGAUGAUCUCGAAAAAGUUGUGGCUUGCCAUGAAGCAUUAAUGCAAAAAGGCGAAGGCACUUCUUGCUACUACAGAUUUUUGACCAAGGGACAGCAGUGGAUAUGGCUGCAAACUCGGUUUUACAUAACUUACCACCAAUGGAACUCUAAACCAGAAUUUAUUGUGUGCACUCAUAGUGUUGUGAGCUACAUUGAUGUAAUGAGGCGGUUACGGGAAUCUCCAAAUAAGCUGGACAAAUUAGGAGCAGAUAUGGAUGGUAUGGACCCUGAAAACCUCCAGGGUGAAUCCUUGGACUUGGACAGAGACAUUGAGGCUGAGGACGAAGAACAAACUGACUCUCAGCUGUCGGCAACCAUCACUCAGUCUGGACUUCCAGCAUCUUGGUCACCAAGUAAAUCCUCAGUCGGACGAAGUUCGAGAUUCGGAGUGAGAUCGACUGAUGGUUCUCCAUCUCGACUUGGAAAGGGACCCUCGUCCAAACUAUGUGGCCCCGGCUCGGACUGCAAUUCAAUGUCGGCUGAUUCGCCCACUUCACGCCAUUCAAGAAUGACAGUUCAGAGCGCAGAAAAUUCUACACCUUUUGUUUGUGUGCCUAAAAAGAGGAAGCGUUCCGGACGAGAAGACACAGCGUCCAGUCACUCAGUGCACCACUCACAUCAGCAGAGCAUUCAGCCGAGAGGUGUCAGCGCUGUCAUCACCACCGCCUAUUCCUCAGAACCACCUGCACCCACUCUUCAGCUGGCACCGCCACACCAGCACCAACAGCCGCAGCAGUUCGUAGCAGCCAUUCCUGUUCAACCAGCUAUGAUUGCUCCGUUCCCGGCACCUACCGUCAUUUCAACAAUGGCCCCACCUGAGCUUUUAAGGCAGCCCUUGGUAGUUACCGCGCCACAGAACCAAAUCCAUGAUCAACUUCAAAGAAAACAUGCAGAGCUUCAACAGCUCAUAGUUCAGCAACAGGAAGAGCUGCGGAGAGUUAGCGAGCAGCUUCUUAUGGCUCGAUACGGCAUACUACCUCUUAACGUUGGCCAGGUUUCAGUCCCAUACUCCACAACUGGUGUCACCACAUGCAGUACAACCCCUCUCAAUGCAGCAACAGAACUAAUGUGCACGGCAAGCAGGUCGGCGCCAGUCAUGUACGCGCCCACUCAGGAAAUAGGCAUGCAUGAUCAAAUGAUCAGUGGACGCUCAGACGAAACGAUUCCGUUCCAGCUAUCGCAGCAACAGGCGCAGCUGUUGUUCACCUCAGGUAUUGGCAUCCCUCCUAACCAGCCACCAAGUCAGUGAAUUAAAUCAAAAAUUUGUGCCAAAUGAAGAGGAGCGUACGUAUUUUACAAGCUUGAUUGUAGCAAGCUGGACACAGGUGUUUUAUCAGAAGAAUUAUUUUGAUAAAAAUUUAAAAUCUAAUUUUAAGCAAAGUUUGCAUUGUUGUGAUGAUGCAGGGUACUCAGUGUGAUGUUAAAAAUUGUAAAUUGUGUGGUGAGCUGGGCCAAAGAAAGUCACCGGACAUUGUCCGAUGCAGCAUCUACAUUUUCAAAGAAAGCCCUACCACAUGUGUAUUUUUGAUGGAUUUUAAAUGAAAUCUGUUCAAUGUGAUGCUAAAUGGCAAAAAUGUGUUUAUUCAAAAUGUCCGUGAUUUGAUAUAAUUAUAUAUAUCUACAUUAUAUAUACUUUUAUGAAAAUAUACUAUACACAUAUUCUUGAGAUGUUUUACACAGACUGACUUGAUGUCUCUCUAGAAUCUAUAUUUGCAGCCUCGACGAAGAGACACACUUUUCAAAGAGGUCGGUCCAAGCAGAGACUAUCAAGUCGUAAUCGUAUAUUAAUGUGAGUCAUGAACGUGUCUUCAAAGUUGUUGCCCAAAGUGCAUCACAGUCGUAGAAAUAAAUUUUUAGUCGCUUAGGACAACUGCAGUUUAAUGCAAAGUGUCUUGUGAGAUUUUGCUUGUGCGUAAAAUCAAAUCUUUAAAAAAUCAGUAGUUAAUACUCAAAAUAUUAAUACCGAAUUUAAAGAGGAAAAUUACUAAACGUUUUUAUUGUGAUUUGGGGAUUUGUGCAGUCUAUUUGUACCUUAAAGUCAUUAGUGUGGAACGAGCUUAAACAACAUCAUUUCACACUGGACCAAUGUUAUGAUUUUUUUACUACUGGAAAAGAAUGUGUAAAAACUCAAUUUUUAUCAAAUCAUCAACCAGAGUAUGAAUCGUUAUUUUGUUGUGUGUUACAGGAAAUAAAAGAAAAAAUUAAUGGAA